UACGGCUUUUUCGCGAUACCCCCGCCCCCUGCUAGCGGUGCUUUACGGCCGUGUUAGUGUUUUACGACCGCGGCCGGUCGCGUUGUGCCGGGCCAUGGCCGGGACAGAGCGGGACCCGCACGGAAGGGGUGAGGAGGAGGAGGAGGAGGAGGAAGAAGAGGAGGAGGAAGAAGAGGAAGAAAAGGAGGAGGAAGAGGAAGAAAAGGAGGAGGAAGAAAAGGAGGAGGAAGAGGAGGGUCCCGAGGGCUCCCCCUCUGCCGAAACCCCCUCCGACCCGCCCCCAAAGCCGGUGGUACCGGGGGUCCUUUAUUUGUCCUUCCUCCCCCCGGGCUUCGGGCCCCGCCAGGCCCGGGCGCUGCUGCGGCCGCACGGGGAGCUGGGCAGGGUCUUCCUGCAGCCCCGCGGAGGCUCCGUGCGGCGGCGGCGGCAGCGCCCGGGGGGGUCCCCCGGCCGUGGCGUUCGCCGAGGGCUGGGUGGAAUUCCGGGACAAGCGAGCGGCCAAACGCGCGGCCAAAAUCCUGCACGGGGCCCCCAUGGCCCCCCGGCCCCGCAGCCCCUUCCGCCAUCACUGCUGGAGCAUCAAGUACCUGCCCGGGUUCCGGUGGCCUCACCUGAGCGAGCGGCUGAGCUACGAGCGCCAGGUGCGGGCGCAGCGCCUGCGGGCCGAGGUAGCCCAGGCCAAGCGGGAGGGGGGGUUCUAACGCCCGCCACGCCUCCAAAGACCCCCCAAAAACCUCCGGAGACCCCGCAGCCCCUCCCCCGACCUGGGGCUUCACCCAGAGACCGACGGAGGAGGAGAUCUGGCGGCGCAAAGCUCGGCCCCCCCCGGCCGCGCCCCCCCAGUCGCUGCUGGAGAAGGUGUUUGGGACGGGGAGGUGAGACCCUCCCUCAAAUCUGGGGGGCUCCAGGUGUGGGGGAAGGGUCCUUUGCAUGCCAGGGCCCCCUCCGGACACCGAUCCCUGUCUCAAGGACCACCAAAUGUUUUAUUUUUCUCCUUAAAACUUUUAUUACUUUUAACAAAAAUAAUUCCUCGCGGUCUCUUUAAAUUCUGCCGAGGGGGCGGGGCCAAGGGGAGGGGGCGGGGUUAUGGCUUCGGCGCGAAACUCCCUGAAGGCAGCGCGGGGGACGGGGAGUGGGAGUGGCUUAAGCAGCUCAGGCCACGCCCCUUUACCAUAAAAGGACGUGGCCUAAGGUAGCAACAGCAGGUGAAAGGUGCGUGUAGGCGGGGCCUGAUCAGAGGGGCGGGGCUGGAGAAAACCACGCCCCUCACCGCGCCUUAAAAAGGUCAAUUAAAUCUCUACGGGAGGGCGGGGAAGGUAGGGCUCUUAAAGGGGCCGCGCCCCCAUUUCGGGGGGCGGUUCCAGUGUCAAAAAUAGAAGCUCUGGGGGGUGGGGCCCCAGUAUGGCACUGGGGAAGUGGGAGAACAAACAAACUCGGGGCCCCAUAAACCUGAUGUCCCCAUAAACCUGGGGGGUGGGGGGCAAGCCCCCCCCAAAAUGGGUGCUGAGGGCACCCCAAUAUCCCUGGGAAACCAAACGGGGGGAGUGG